AUGACUACCAUUGCCGUGAAUCCAUCACCAAGACUCGAGAUGAGUGAGCAAGAACGGUUCUUCCGGUACUUCCAGACCGAAGUCGCUGCAUUGCAGGAGCAGAUGCAGAUCAUCCAGGAUCAUGGCACAUCUGGUGGCGAACGAGCGGAUGCCAUCGACCACUGCCUAGCUGGCAUAUCGAGACUUUCCAACGACGUGAAAGACAUUUCUGGAUCUCUUCCAGCGCAUGAUCAACGAACAUACAGCGAGGCCAUUAAAGCACUGUCCGAGAAACUCCAGAAGACACGAGCUCAAGCAGCACCGAAGCCCAAGUUUGCGUUCAAGAAGAAGAAUGCCUCUGCAAUCUCUAUCAACGAUGCAGCGGAAUUAGCAGCGAGGAAGCGCCUCCUUCAGUCUAACAGCAACUUCUCAUCCGGAGUCUUCUCUUUUGCAACGACGCCAUUGACUAUGCCACAUACACCUGCUAACGGGCCUGUCAUCGAUGACUCUAAGCCUGAUGAUACCAAUACGACCACCGAUGGCAUUCGCAAACUCUCCUUCUCCAGAGCCGACAAAAUUCACAUCUCCAAUCACAACAACAUACAUGUCAUGCUACCUUCUUCAGCCACUCACGCGACGAAUGGCACGUCCGGUACUGUCACCAACGUCCGUGAUAGCGUAAUUGAUAUGAGCAUUGCUUCUACUUCUGCAUUUGCAACUCUUACACUGAAGAACAUCAAAAAGUCACUGAUUGUGUGUGGACAUGUUGACGGUGCAAUUCACAUCACAAAUGUCAGCAAUACCGUCUUGGUGGUGGCUACGAGACAAUUCCGUAUGCAUGAGAGCAAAAAUAUCAAAGUCUACAUGCUUUGCAAGAGCAGGCCUAUCAUUGAGGAUUGUGAGGGUAUCGAGUUUGCAGAAUUACCAGAGUGUUAUGUUACAGAAAAGGACAAAGAAGUCGCAAAUCUGUAUGACCAGGUCGAUGACUUCAAGUGGCUCAAGGCAGAGCACAGUCCGAACUGGAGCGUACUCGAUAACGAUAAGCGUAUCAGGGAUGAGGUCUGGAAAGAGGUAGUGCCAGGCAGUCCUAAGAGUGGUGUCGAGGAGAUUCUGAAAGCAGUCGGUAUUUGA